AUGGAGAAUGAGAAUGAGAAAGAGAGCUCAUCAUUUAGGAGUAUUACUAGACACAGAAGAUCAUCAAGUGUUUCAUGUUUUUUCUCGAGCAACUAUAAUAUUUCUCAUGAUUCCUCCUCAUCGUCUUCUACACAUGAGGUGCCAAAAUUAAAGAAAUCUCCUAAUCAAUCGUGGAUUCGUUCGAAAAAUCAUCAUGAUCAUUUUCCAGAUCAGAUAAAAGUGAAAUGUAAGAAUAUUAUGAAUCGAUUUGGUCGACAUCGUCGCCAUUCUUCUGCAGAUUUUAGCUAUGAUCAACUCAGUUAUGCCAAGAAUUUUGAGGACAGUAAUGAAACAAGUUUUGAUGACACUGAGGACUUUCCCCCGAGGAAUUUUACAGCUAGAUUGCCAUCAUCUCCUCCUAAUUAUUCAAAAUUGAAAAUUCCAAGCAACGUAACAAAACAUGAAUGA